AAUCCAGGGCAACUGUCGCUGUCGCCCGCCGGCGGGGACUAAGCUGCCCGGGGGCCUUGGACUCCGCUGGCCCCCACAGGAGGGUGUGAGCGGCGGCGGCCGCUUCCCCGCCUCCGGGGCAAGUCCCCAGACCACUCCACGGGCGGCAGAGCGAGACCCCCUUCCCAGUUCGGAAGGAAGCUGCCUUCUGAGGCGGGGAGGCAAAAAGGAGAGGAAGAAGAUGUUAAAGACUUUAAGCAACCAUCACAGUAAUGGAUCUCGGUCCGAAAAACAAGACUGAAUUAGAAAAUAGUGAAAAUACUGAAAUUCAAAGCACAGAAGAAACUGAAUUAAUCUAUACUUGUCCAGAUGAAAGAAGUGAAAAGAAUCAUGUUUGUUGUCUUCUCAAUAUCAGUGACAUUACACUUGAACAAGAUGAAGAAGCCAAAGAGUUUGUCAUUGGAACUGGAUGGGAAGAAGCAGUCCGAGGCUGGGGAAGGAUUUCUCCAACUGCCUGCAUCUGGCCCAGGAAGAAGCUUAAAAAGGCGAAGAUGGGAGAAAGUGCCAGCAGCUGUUUACUCUGUGUCAGCCUCUCCCAAGGGAGCCUGGAGGCCAGCCUUCAGUCGGAGGCGGGGAAGUUGGAGUCGGGGGCUUCAGCUCCGGCUGAGGCAGGGCCGGAGAAGGAUGGAGGCAGCCUCUCCCUGACUCUGGCCACCCCCCCAGGCCCCACCUCUGCCUACCGGGAAGUUAACAAGAUCUGCUUUCCCACCUACGGUCAGGGAGAGAAAAAAAGUCUGCAAAUAAAAGAGUUUAUUUGGUGCCUGGAAGACUGGGCCACUCCCGAGACUGUGAGGGGCAAGGACCCCGGAAGCCCCGGCGCUGACGGAAGUGCCUCCGUAGCAGACUCCUUGACUUCCAAGGCCCUUUUAGUUCUACCUGCCCUGAAGGCUUCACCCCCAAAUGGCUUGGAUGUGCCGGGUAAGAAAAGUCAGAACUUUUCCUUGCAGCUGGAAGAGAAGGGGCCGAGCGUGGCGAAGGAUGGGCGUGUGGCUUGUGCAUGUGGAGUGAAAACAGUUGACGGGACAGGUGAAAAGAGACCCAGUGAGCUGGCCAAGCACCACAGGGUGAAGGAAACGCAGCCUUUCCCCACCCCGGUGGCCCGGACAUCCCUGCUGGCCGGUCCCGAGCCCUGCUGCCUGCCCUGGUCCCUCCUGCCUGAAAAACACCUGGUGUGCCCUCCCCAGCGCAACAGUGUUCGCUAUCUCACCACCUUGCAGCUUGUGCAGAAACAAGGAGCGCAGAACUACAAAGCCAAAUUCAAAGCCAGGGAGCCGAGACCUCCCGUGAAAAUCCCACAGCGCGUUCUCACAGCGGCCAAGCCGGCAAACAGGCCCCAAACGCUGGAGACCAAAGUAUUGUCAAGACCUCUCUUGCCAUCCCUCACGGUGAGCAGAGUUGUUAUGGCCGUUCCCACUCACAGACUCCUCUGAGUUGCCACAAUAUAAUUCCCUGGGAGUAAGCACCGUCUGAAAGUUGUUCAUCUUCUCUUCCCUCUCUCCCUCCUGCCCCAACCCCAGUCUCUUCCUCCUCCUCCUCCUCGUCUUCUCGUACACUCUUUUCUCCCCCUCUCCCCUGGUGCUUUUUUGUAGUAUAAUCAGGGGAAAUUGAACCUCAUUGCAUGGGUUUUGAUGUGCUCUCAAAGCCCCGAUAUUUAUGUGUUACCUGCUACUAUUGCUUAGCCAUUUACAAAACGCAAACUGGUAAUGCCAGUCUCAGCCUCUGCCUGACUUAUCUCUGCACUGGAAGACAAGUGGAUGGUGGGGAAUCUGAAGGGCCUCCCUCAGGGAUGCCCCCAUGCCAGCCCUGAGCCAACCCGCAGGGGCUCCUUCUGCCCCCUCAACCCCAGUGCCUUAAGCCAAGGGUACUGGGCGUGUGUAGACCAUAUCGUUUCUUGAUCUUUUGAACCUGGCAGAUGUCUGUCUGUUGCCCCAUUUUCUCUUGCAACAAAGAUCUGCUUCAAUAGAAACAAUGUUAUAAGAGAAAAUUCCAGCCUGUGUCCAAGUGAAUAUCCUCUGUCCAAGGUGGCGUAUCCUUAUAUUAUGUCCAUGGAUGUACGGUACCCCUUGUUUCCUAUAUGUCCCAGAUUUCAUAUAUUAUAGCCUCAUGCUAGUCUCUUGUGUCUGGGAAGUUUUUCUUACCAUUCUACAAAAUUCAUCUUGGGAGGCAGGUUACGAAUAAUUAUUAUUUUUUUAAAUGUCACUGUGAUUAUUGUCAGCAUACAUGUUUCCUCCAGUCUUACCUUAUAACUACUAUUUGGGAACUCGACAACCCCAAACAGACAAGUAUGGAAUGGGGCUGUGACUUUCUUCCUUCUUCCAUCUUUCCUCUCCCCUCAUUUUACCCGAGUGCAUAUUUCCUGAAGUUGUAUAUAAAUUAAACUUUUGUAAAUGAGUUAUAUUUUAAAUGUGAAGUGACAAUGCUAUGUAGAGAAAUGCUCUGAAGAACCAUUUUGUAAUAUGCAUAACCAUUUAGCCGCUCUGUAAUUACAUAGUUGGCAUGUGCUUAAGGUAGGUUGUACUUGAACUCUAGGCUUUCCAUCUCCUAAAUGAUGGGCAGACAGAAUAUAUGACUCUAUUUGUAAACAUCUGCUUUCCAUAACUGGUCUUUGUGAUGUCUUGUCUGUUUAAGUUUAGGUUUUUUGGUUUUGUUUUGUUGGUUUGUCUUUACAAAACACCAGAAAUGCAGGAGUGACUAUAGUACAACUGUCACUGAAAGGCGUAUUUUGCCUUUUGAGGUCGUACACUUUACAGUCUAGAAGCAGUUUUCAGGUUCUACUCAUUCUUUCUUCUCUGAAUGAAGAAACCAUCUGGAUUCAUCCCCAAGAAGAGGCCCUGAUUUCCCACUGUGUCUGGACAGUGGAGGUCUUGGACCCAGUACUGUUUGAGGACCCUCCAGCUCUGGCAGCCUGCCCACCUAAGUCAGUGGUUUUUCAAGCCCCUCUUUAUAAGCUGCAGAAUAAUGAAUAAGAUCACUAUGUAAAGCAGUCAAAAGUGUUUGAUUGGGAGGGAAAAAGUAUCCACCAGUAUGAGGGACAAAGCCCACCUGCUCAGCCCAGAUGUACUUCCCUGUUGAGAUCUUGAGGCAAUUUGAACUGAUCCAAGUUACAACAUAAUGUUUUUUUCUUAAGAAAAACUCAUUUGUUGAGAUAAGGGUUAUAAAUUCUAUAGCUUUGGGGGUAAACAUAUAAUAAUUUAGAAUUGAGGAGAGCCAGUUGGAACAAAGGAA